CAGGUUCAGGAGCCUUCUGUUUGUGGUCAGGCCACUGCCUACCAACAGGCUGGCUGAGGUGACACUGUCAACUGGAUCUGAGGCCAGAGGCCUGAUCUGAUGUUGCACAGACCUCCAGGAUUCUUGCCUGUCCAGUGUGGUAAGGGCCAGGGCUGAGGGACAGACUCCUGGUAGCAUUUCUCACGGUCUACAGACUGUCUCUAUCUGGAAUGUCCAAGCACUGCUUCCUACACAGUGCUCAGUGCCCUGCCUGUCAUGGCCAAGAGUGGGGCAGAGCCAGAGGGGUGAGCCCCUCAGGGAGAUUCCGAACUUCCAUGAAGCGGGGGCAGAAGGAGGGGGACAGGGGUAACAUUUUCCACAGGGCUGAGGGCCUCUCAGUACACCACCAAGUUAUGGCAGAGCCCGCAAGCCUGACCUGUCUCAGCUCCUGUGAAGCUUCCAAGGAGGGGCCUGGCCGUAGGGUGUCUGCGGCACCAGCUGGCUGCCAGUCCCAGGCUGCCCAGGUGUUCUGCCUCUCUCUCCUUCUGGCAGUGGGAUAGUGUCUGCCCAAGGACAAGGACACUCUGUGCUGCUGGGCUUGCUUUGUGGGGACUGCUGGUCCAGGAGUGUAUGGGGACCUAGGGCUCUAAAUAUACCAGAGUGAGGUCACUAGGGUGGAAAUAGGCCAUGUGGCAAGCUCAGGACCCUAUCAGGCUGAAUCCCAGGACUGGGGACAGGGAGCUGGUGGCCCUGCUCUCCCUGUGCAACUGGCCUCCUCACCAUGCAGUCUCCUUUUGCACCACAUCCCUACUCAAAGGCACAUUAAGAUCCGGAACAUGGUGGCGGUGUUGGAAGUCAUCUCCAGCCUAGAGAAAUACCCCAUUACCAAAGAGGCACUGGAGGAGACGCGACUUGGGAAACUCAUCAAUGACGUCCGCAAGAAGACCAAGAACGAAGAGCUCGCCAAGCGGGCCAAGAAGCUGCUGCGGAACUGGCAGAAGCUCAUUGAGCCUGUGCACCAGAAUGAGGCAGUGCUGCGGGGGCUGGCAGGUGCCCCUGGCUCUGCUAACGGGGGUGCCCACAACUGCCGGCCAGAGGCGGGGGUGGCCAGCGCACCCAAGAGCAUCCAUGACCUGAAGAACCGCAAUGACAUCCAGAGACUGCCUGGGCUGCGGCUGGACAGGCUGAGCAAUCGCAAGCGCCGGGGGGACCAGCGUGACCUUGGCCACCCUGGGCCACCUCCCAAGGUCUCCAAAGUAAGCCAUGACUCCCUGGUUCCCAACUCAUCACCUCUCCCCACCAAUGGGAUAGGUGGGAGCCCCGAGAGCUUCCCAGGUCCCCUGGACAGUGGCAGGCACGUGGGCCCUGAGGGCAGCUGCCUGGAGCAGGGCGAGAAUGACAAGCACAGCAUCAAGAUCCCCAUCAAUGCUGUGAGGCCGCACACCAGCUCCCCAGGUCUGGGCAAGCCCUCCGGGCCCUGCUUGCAAAGCAAGGCUGCAGUGCUACAGCUGCUGGACAGGGCGGACGAGACCUCGGGACCUCCCCACCCCAAAGGGCCGCCUCGUUGCUCCUUCAGUCCCCGGAACUCACGGCAUGAGGGCUCCUUUGCCCGGCAGCGGAGCCCAUACUCACCCAAGGGCUCUGUGCCCAGUCCCUUGCCUCGGCCCCAGUCGCUCGAUGUCACGCAGGUGCCGUCACCACUGCCACUUGCCCAGCCAUCCACACCCCCUGUGCGGCGGCUAGAGCUGUUGCCCAGUGCUGAGAGCCCAGUGCACUGGCUAGAGCAGCCUGAGGGCCACCAGCGACUGGCAGGGCCGGUCUGCAAGGCAGGGCUGUCACCAGCUGAGUCCAUCCUACCCCGGGCUGGCUUCUCCCCAGACUCCUCCAGGGCGGACAGUGAUGCAGCCUCCUCUGGUGGUUCAGACAGCAAAAAGAAGAGGAAACAGCCCCGUGACUACACGGUGAACUUGGGUGGCCAAGUGGCCGAGGCAGGCGUCAAGCCUGUGCGGUUAAAAGAGCGGAAGCUCACCUUUGACCCCAUGACAAGACAGAUCAAACCUCUGACCCAGAAAGAGCCAGUGCGGGCCGACAGCCCUGUGCACACGGAGCAACCCAGGACAGAGCUGGACAAACCCGAGGCCAAGACCAGCCUCCAAAGCCCCUUUGAGCAGACGAACUGGAAGGAGCUGUCACGCAAUGAGAUCAUUCAGUCCUACCUAAGCCGGCAGAGCAGCUUGCUCUCAUCUUCGGGCGCACAAACCCCAGGGGCCCACCACUUCAUGUCUGAGUACCUGAAACAGGAGGAGAGCACCCGGCGUGGGGCCAGGACGCCACACGUGCUACUGCCUCCGGGCCCAUUCACUGACCUCCCGGGGCUAAGCCGCCAGGUCACACAGAACGAUCUGGACAGAAUCCAAGCCCACCAGUGGCCAGGGGUGAAUGGGUGUCAGGACACACAGGGUAACUGGUAUGACUGGACGCAGUGCAUAUCGCUUGAUCCGCACGGUGACGACGGGCGAUUGAACAUUCUGCCUUAUGUUUGCUUAGACUGAUUGGCCCCUCAGCCUCUAAGUGCAUUCCCACCUUGCAGUUAGCAGGAGGGUGGCCAGGCCUGGAAGCCUCCAGUGGUUUGGAGCCCAGCUGAGGCAGAAGGGAAGGGCGGGGGGUCUUAGGUCUCUCUAAGCUCUUCCCUCAAAAUUCUCCUUCUUUUGUGAAAUGCUGCUACCAGUUUACUAACAAAAUUACAAAGGAAGGACCGCGUGGAAGGAAGGCCGGCAAAGUGAGUUCAGAACUCUAUAGCAAACCAGCUAUAAAACGCGUCAGCUCCCCACCCCAGGAGAGGUGCGAACACUUCCCAGCAUCCAUGAGCUGGGACCUCAGUUGCAGGCAGGCACAGAAAACCUGUGGGAGAAGUUACCUUUAACACAGUGACAGAAGCAUGCAUCUCAUCUAUCUGCAUUUUCUGUUCUUUCACUUGGCCCUGAGUGUUUGAGGCAGUGGGCAACCUCAUGGCCUAUUGGCACCCCAUCCAGCCAGUGUUUCCAUCAUGGUGCCAGAUGUAAUGAGCUGCUGGCAUCAGGUGGGCCCCUGGCCAGCCUGUUUGACCCACACUCCAUGGGCAUCCACACAUGAGUAUUUCGUUUUAGUUCAAACUCACUUUUUAAAGAAAUGCUGCAAAAAUUUGUUUUCUAGAGUUUAUUUUAUUCCAUUUCACCACCAGCCAAAUAAUUUUCCUUUCUAUUUUUUCAUUUUCCCUUUUCUGCACAUAUCUAGAAAACGUCACCUUUCUAGAGUCUCAUCCCCAAAACAAAAGGUUCCCAUAGGUGCUACUGGUGUGUAAAGCUGUACUGUUUGUUGGCAAGGAGACCUGUCUGUGCGCUGGAAACACUCAUGACCAUUCCUUUAGAUUCGUUUGCCUUAUGGUUGUCAUAACGCGAUUUGCAAAAACAAGGAGCCUUAGUGAAUGUACAGUAUCUAGACUUCUGUGUUCUCAGGAUGCAGAAGGGAGCAACUUUGCUAUUUGGUCCAGUAAGUGGACACCUUGUGAUAUAAAUGUGGAAAUAAAAAAUAAAAAAAAACCAUUUGCACAAACCAGUCUGAGAAUCAUUUCUAAUUUGGUCCUUUACAGCCAAAUCUGUUUAUUCUGGAUGGGCCAAGAAAACGUGUUCAAGGUUUGGGCCCUACAGUAUGCGUCUGUACAGAAGUAGGUAGGCAAAGUGACCGAGUCAGCCUGUUAACAUUCUUCAUGGACACUGACCUCCAUCUGCCUUUCAUUUAUUCAGCGUCACAUGUUGCCUCUCCCACCUCAAGUCACGUACUGGCUUUGGGUGAUAAGAGACCAAGGCUCCACAUCAAGGAAUGUUAUCCUGUCUCCAUCCAGGCCUCACCUGACCCAGGGAGAUUUUGUGACCUUUACUUACCCCCUAAAAUAGUUAUAGUUUUUAUAUGGCAUGGCACAGAGCCAUGUCUGGCAGUGUGCCUCCUGGCCCUGGCCCCAAGCUGCCAACUCCCCAUGCACACCUGGAGCUUAGAUCUGGCUAGUGCCGAUUUUUUUUUUAAAUAACUUUUCUUCCUUGACUGUAAAGGGAUAAUAAAGAAUCAUUUAAUUCUC